AUGCCGAUAUCAGCGCCCAAGAUUCCUGACGGCCUCCCGGAGCUGAUGCGAGGGUUGGCCAAGAGUGUGAUCAAGGAGAACCCAGAAAAUCUGUACGUACACGCGGCAGAAUACUUUGAGAAUCUGAUCCGCGAACGGGAUGGCGAAUUGGACCGGGGCUACCAAGGCUUCAACGCGUACCAGGUUUACGCGGACUAUAAGGAGCAGACGCGCGAAAAGCUGGGCCUUGCGCCCACGAAGCAGCCCUCGGGCAGCGAUGGGGAGGACGCCGGGGAUACGGGCAGUGGAGAUAGUGGCUCGAGGUCCAGGGGACGGCGACGUCGUCGGACGCGCAACCAGCCGUCCACGGAAAAGGACAGCUCCGUGCCGGUUGCUGUGAAACCAGACACUGGCGAAGUGGCGAAACAAAAGUCCCUAUCCGAAGACAGCGUGGAACCAGUGUCGGUGGUGGAGGACGAAGUUCUUAAGGUGCACUACAAUCCACCAGAGGCAGCCCCUCCGGGACGAGUGGUCAGUGCGCAGUCGGUAGAAGCGGAACAAGCCGUGCUGACGGUGCUGGAAGAUGACCAGAUACUAGACUCUGACGGUAAAGACACGGCCGAGGAGGAUGAUCCCGUCGAACGUGCUGAUGAUGACGAUAUAGGCACAGCUCCCAGCACGGCCGAAAUAACGGAGGAAGCGGCACCGGCAGAACCAUCGUUAGCGAAUGAGGAAAUUCCGUUGCAGGAUUUGGAAACGUGUUUCAUGUACGCAAAUGUGGAACAUUCCGAGGACAUUGCCGAGGGUGUCGUGAGUGAUUUGAAAAAAGCUGACGUUGCGAAAGAUCCCAAAGAUGAGGCUCCACAGCCGGAAGCCGAACGGCCCGGAUCAGCAAACCCAUCAUCACCCCAGCAGCAAAGCCUCGAGGAAGUCGUCGAAGAACCGUGUAUCAAACGUGAAGUUUCACCUUCAAAGACGCUUCCGCCGGCCGAGAAAGAGGAAAGCAUCGACCGGUCCAAGGACCAAGAGUUGGAGGAGAUCAAAAAGGUCGAUCUGAGCCAGCUGAGCAAGGACUCGGCGGAGGCGCUGUUUUACAGUUUGAAGAAAAGUGCCCUAGAGAACCAGGACCCCGAAGGAUCGGCCGAAUCGGGAGAAGCUCCCAAAAGCCGAGACAGUAACGGUGGCGACGACGACGACGACGAUGUGGUGGUAACGGAGGAACCACCGGAGGUCACCGCGCCCGAAGAUACCGCAAAACGUACUUUUACGGACGAUUUUUUAGAUGAAAACCCGCCCGCGGAAGCAGAGGCACCGAGUGAUGCGCCGGUUGACACGCCAGAGGUCGCGGGCCCCGCAAAGAAACUGUCGGAAGGGUCGACUGAAAAUGAGGACGACCUAAGCCCGAUGCAAACGGCAUCGAUGCGACUGAAACAAUUUCAAGACGCGAUGCACGGCCGGGCGGAUUCGGCCGAGGGCGAAGGUGAGGCCGCGUCGGCCAAACGACCCGUCAUGAGGCGCUGUAUGACCGAAAUGGCGGAACUGCAGCGCUACGUUUCCGCGGAUGAGUCCGCGGACCCGAGCUACGUGGAGGAGGAAGACCAGUUCGAUGGGUACUACAUCGGGCACAUUAAGAAUAAAAUCCUUGCCUCGUCCGUGUCGGUGGCCGACUCCGACUGUUGCGAUCCGGCCCGUGGCUCGUCCGGGGAUUCGGGCGACGAGAACAACGUGCGCACGGCCCUGGAAACGAUCGCUUCGACCGAUACGGAAUCGACGAUCGCUUCUCAGGCCACAAUCCAGCAGGCCGGCAAGCGGAGCUACCUCCAGAAGCACCCGCAGAACACGUCGUCCAACAUUCCGUACGCAUCGUUCGGGAAUGCCGCCAUCGACAAAUCGCUGGACGAGUUCAUCGAGCGCGAGGAGCGGAACAAGCAGGACGAAGCGUUUGCGGAAGCGGCCACCAAGAUCCAGCGCUCGUACCGGACGCACAAGAAGAGACUGCUCCGCGAUUACCACAGCACCAUGCGGACGUGCACCGAGGACGCGUCGGCCGAAAGCGGCGGAGAGGAGGCAUCCAACGUCAUCCAGAUCAAGCUCGAUCAGAAGCGCGCCACCGACCUGGGACCGCUCCCGUCAGACGGGGAAGAGGAAAGUCCCGAUCCGGGCGCUGGGUCGCUCCACGUACCGCCACGUGGCCGUCCCAUGCAGAGCCUCAACAUCGACGAGUACGACACCGUGACGCGACGCCAGAUGUUAACGCGCGGUGUGGCCAUGCAGAGAAACUCCACUCCGGACGACGAUUCGGGCAAGUCAACCAAUGCCUCGACCGAUCGUAGGUCGUCGCUGAGUGGUGGUGGUGGUGCUGGUGGUGGUCCGGUGGCAUCCGAUUCCCCACCGGAAGGGGAAGAGCAGCCCUCGGCCGACCCCACGGCAGUUGCCACCAGCGGCUCCAGCGACGACGGCGACCACAAGUCACCGGGAUCAAAGCCGCCCGGGGACUCGGAACGCGAUCGGGAAGCUGCCGCGUUGAAGGGUCUGGCUCGGUCCAGCUCCACCGGUCAACGGGCACCGGUGGAUGUGCAGAGCUUGCUGCUCAUGGCUCGCCAGCGGACGAUGCCGGUACAGAUCGACUCGUCCGUCAUCCGGGUGCUGCCGAAGCACAUGCGCAAGCGGAUCAGUAGCGCGGACCUACCGAACGGUGGCAAGCGCAAAUAA